AUGGCAUCUUCAAGUUCAAUCGUAUGUCACUACUAUUGCCCGUCUGCCAUAGCAAUUAUGUUGUUCAUGUAUAGCGUCUAUGCUUCAUCCUCUACGCCGACAUCAAAAGGAGAUUUCACUUGGCAAGACAUCAUUCUCAAAGGUAAUAUAGCUAUAGAUAAGGUUAGCUUGAGCUCUAUAACCGGCAAACCCAUUGCAUUCCCCGAAAUUGUGAUUGGAUUUAGUCAUGAAGAUGGAAGUCCUUUCAAUCGCUCUGUUUCAGCCAAUAGACCUAACGCGAUAUCUAUCAUUUCCCAAAUGGGCCAAGUAGCAGCUCAAAAGUUCUCAUAUUGUAUGGUGCCUUAUUUCACCCGUUCCAAAAGGUCAAGUAAGUUGGAAUCUGCAAUUACUUCACGAGUCAAGUUUGAAAGAGUGCCCGAUCCUCAUCAUUUCUUCAGUCCGUGCUACAACACUACAACAUAUGUCGGUCCGCCGAAUCUUACCAUGCACUCUAAGGGCGCAGAUGUUCAAUUAGGUCCCUCUAAUACCUUUUUGAGAAUUACCAGUGAUGUCACGUGUUUUAAUAUUGUACCCAGCAAUCUCUAUCCUGUAUAUGAUAUAUUCGUUCUAAUCUUAUAUUACAUUCCCUUUCUAUAA